AUGGGGACCCUCACCUGCGACCUGGCUCCACAGCUGACCCCGGCGCCUCUGGGCCAGCGGACCACUGACUGUCAGAUCCCGGAGACCAGCCUGAGGAGGACCUGCGGGGUGGCCACCUUGGAACAUGGCUCUGGGCCAGGCUUCUAUGCCCUGCCUUCCACCGUUGGCUACAUCAACCACGACUGCACCAGGGUAGCCGGUCCUGCCUACUCACUUUUCCGGAGGCCCAGUGAGGCAUCUCCCCAGGAGACCAGCCCUGGGCCAGUCUACUUCCUGGACUCGAAAGUCACCCGCUUCGGCCGCAGCUGCACUCCUGCCUACUCCAUGCAGGGCCGGGGCAAGUCUCCUGGUCUGGAGGUGACGCCCGGCCCUGGGGCUUACAGCCCAGAGAAGGUGGCCCCCAUGCGCCAGCGGACGCCUCCAGCUUUUACCCUGGGCUCCCGCCUCCGCCCACGGCCCCUGCACACCUCAGCCCCUGCCCCCAACACCUACACCCUGCCCUCCCUCUGGGGCUCGCAGGUCUUCACCAAGCCCAGCAGCCCCAGCUACACUGUGGCUGGCCGCACGCCCCCCGCCCGCCCCCCGCAGGACCCCGCAGAGAUACCCGGCCCUGGCCAGUAUGACAGCCCGGACCCCAAUGCCUACCGUCAGCGCCGGCCGGCCUUCACCAUGCUGGGGCGGCCCCGAGCCCCACGGCCCCCAGAUGAGACACCUGGCCCUGGCAGCCACAGCCCCGAGCAGGUCACUGUGACCAAGGCCAGGGCCCCGGCAUUCACCAUGGGCAUCCGCCACUCCAAGCGGGCUACCACCAUGGCCACAGACACCGCACCCUGAUGCCCUCGUGACAGGUGACAGGAUGCCUGGCCCACUCCUGGGUUGAGCCUGUCUCCUAUGCUGUGAAGUGGGGGGGUAGGCAGGUGGUUGGCGGGGGGAGCUAGGAGAAGCCAGGGUGAGGGGAAGGCACCUCCUUCCUUCCUGUCUUCUGAAAGGUCCAAGGUCCUUCUAGGCCACUGCUUUCUCCAGUCCUGGGGCCUGUGAUCCCGUGGUCCCCACAGGGUGAGUCUCCUUCCAGCGUCCCACUUUCUUCUGUCCAGGUCAUACCAGGCCAGGCCAGGCCAGGUGGAAAAAGGGACACCCUGGCCUUCCCCAGCCACUGGCCAGAGACACGGCUUCCUGUGUCCUAGAACUCAGUGUCCGCCCGCAAGGACCUGGGUCCCCAGCAUGGCUCGGGUUUCUGCCUCACUUGGGCUCAUCCCUGCUACUUAUGGAAGGGCUGUUUGGGCCCAGAUCCUGCUGCAGGCAGCCCUGCCACCCUCCCUACCUGCCCCACCCUCUAGUUGCCUGCCAAUAAAAUUCUGGGGCACCAACA